AUGGCGUUAAUAGAGGCAACACAAGAAGCGAUUUGGUCCAAGACGUUUCUAUGCGAGCUUGGCGAGAUGAGAGACGAGGAUCCGGUCAGGAUUUUUGAAGACAACCAAGGCUCGUUUGCACUGGCCAAGAAUCCCGAGUUUCAUAAACGAACCAAGCACAUCGACAUACGUUACCACCUUGUACGUGAGAAGGUCGAAGGAGGUCAAGUGAUUUUGCUGUACUGCUCUACCAAAGCCAUGAAGGCCGACAUGAUGACCAAGCCGAUCACUGCAGCUCAGUUUGACUUUCUUCGUAAGAUGUUAGGAAUCAAGCAACCAAUUACUGCCGAGUCGAGUGGGAGUGUUGUCGAAGAAGCGCCUCGUCAUACAGACUAG